AUGUCCGGAAAACAGAACGAAGAAUGCAGCUACUGCACUCUCACUGUCAUCUCGCUUGCAAUUGCACUAGUCUCGGGAAUUUUGACGCUUCUCGCGGCUAGCUACAUGUACCACGGAGUCAAUGAUCUUGUCAUAAUGCCUAAGGAGCUGCAAGCCUACACAUCGAGCCGUCUCUUAGUGCCACACAAAAAGAUUGUGCUCAUCAAAGUGGAUGUCAAACAUCGAUGCUACAUUUUGCCAUUGAGUUUGUCGAAGGAUUUGGCAUCGACGAAAUUCAUGGUCAGCAACGAACCGCUUGAGCCGGAAACCCUCGAAGAAGUUGCUGGCGCAGAUGGUGUCGACUUCUGCUCAACAACACCUGCAUACGUAUUAGAGGCCCGUACGUAA